AUUAUUGAAAGGCCAAGUCAAACAGUUUGAUAGGGAAAAAAAAGUCCCUGGGACUCACUUUUCUCGACUCCAAACCCAUUUGGCGUCUCUCUCAAGCAAGCUGCUUUUCUGUGGAAAUCUAAAAAUCCCAUUGAUCUCUACUAUUUCAUUUCUCCAAACCAUUCUUCUGGGUUUUUACCGAUUCUGGACAAUAGUUGAGUGCUAAGUUUCUUUUUGCUGGGUGAAAAGCAACCAUGGAUGUUGAUUCACAACCAACUGUGGAGGAAACUAUAUUGGUUGGCGAUGAUCUAAUGAUGGGGCCACCAUCUACUGUCACACCACAAGAAAUUGCAUCUCAUGUGCUUGAAGGUGUUGAUUUGUGUGAUGUGAUCCUACGGAAUUUAUUUUUGUGUCUGCAGAUUAAUGUUAUUGAGCCGUUCUGUCAAGAUGAGCUUGCAUUAUAUUGGCAGUGUGCUGAAAAGAGGGACAAGGAACUAAGGCAACGGCUUCAGGAUAGUGAGAGAAAACUGGGGUUGUCAAUGCCUUUAGGUCAGGCAAAAGAAAGAGCCGGUCAGCUUGAAUCAGAAGUCACAUCAUUGGAGAGGUAAUUGGUCAGAAGUGAUGGAUCUUUCUUUGGGUAAUGAAGAUUGACGAAGGUAAUUCUAAUGACUUGAAAUUUGUUGUAGUUAUACUGUGCCUGUGGUCAUAAAAUUAUAUAAAUGCAAGUAAUGUUCUGUAGAAGCUGUUCUAUGUUUUUGUUUUCCCCUUGACAUCUACCAAGUACGUAGAUGUAAUAAGGGGCAUCUUUCAGUCACAAAGGCCUUGAUAUUAUGAUGUCUUUUGCAGAACUCCUGUAUCUUUAUUGUCCUGAAUAUUGUCCUUUAUGCACUUCUUACUGGGUUGUAUCUAGUCAUCAUUUUUAAGCACUAAAAUGCGAAGCUAAAUUGCUUUUACAAAAUUGAUAAAACUUUUGCUUGGAAGUUGGAGCCGUCAGCCUUUCUGAUGUAUUGAUACCAGCUCUGUGGAUAUAAAAGAUCCAAAUUAUAACUCUUUUAAAGUACCUCACC